AAUUUGCAUGCAGCUCGUCUGUUAAAGUCCGAAAGAGAAAGAAUCCAUCCAUUAAGAAAGAAAUUAGGACGAGAAAGAAAAUCUGGAGGCCACAAAGAACUUGUGGCUCAGAAUCAAACCCUUUGGCUGAGGUGGCAUCCACCCUCUAACAAAGUUUAAACGGAUCAAAAUCCUAGACUCUACGCUCUCAUAAAGCCAGAGAGACUCCAAGAAAGAACUCGCGCGUUUUUUUUACAGCCAACAAGAAAAAAAAAUGCUGCAGGAAACUAAGGACCCGGCGAUCAAGCUUUUCGGGAUGAAGAUUCUGCUGCCGGCCGGCGGCGACUACGAUGACUUGGGGUUUACUAUGCCCGGAAAGAAACGAGUUGAUCAAGAACAUGAAGAAGAGAAGGAUUCACCAUCAACAAAAGACACUGAGAGCAUAGAAGAACAAGAUGAUUCUCCAAAAACUGAAGACUCAACAAGUAUGGAAAUGCUACCAGAUUGUAAUGUGAACCCAAAGACACCCUCAAUCGAUGAAGAAAGCGCAAAAUCAAAAGCUCCGAAGGAGAAAGAACAGAAUGAUGCAACCAACUUGCAAGAGAAAACCCUGAAGAAGCCUGACAAGAUACUACCAUGCCCUCGCUGCAAUAGCAUGGACACCAAGUUUUGUUACUACAACAAUUACAACGUCAAUCAACCGCGCCAUUUCUGCAAGGCUUGUCAAAGAUAUUGGACUGCAGGCGGUACAAUGAGGAAUGUGCCUGUGGGAGCUGGACGUCGGAAGAACAAGAACUCUGCCUCACACUAUCGCCAGAUCACAAUUUCUGAGGCUCUCCAAGUAGCUCGAAUGGAUGCUCCAAAUGGAGCUCACCACCCCGGAUUGAAAAGCAAUGGGAGAGUCCUUAACUUUGGCGUAGAUGCACCAGUGUGUGAUUCCAUGGCUUCUGUUUUACACCUUGCAGAUAAAAAGGGUUUAAAUAUUACUACUCGAAAUGGAUUUCAUAAGAGCGAAGAAUUAGUAUUUCCAGCUCCUUGCAAGGGUAGAGAAAAUGGCAAUGAUUGCUCAAUUGCAUCUUCUGUAACAGCUUCGAAACCACAAAUUCAGAAUGCCAAUGGCUUCUCCUCACAAAUUCCUUGUCUUCCUGGUGUUCCUUGGCCUUAUCAAUGGAAUUCAGCUGUUCCCCCACCGGCUUUUGGCCCUCCGGGAAUGCCUAUACCAGUUUUCCCAGCAGCUUAUUGGAACUGUGGCGUCCCUUUCCAAGUGCCAGUUCCUUGGUUCAGUCCACAGCCUGCUUCUCCCAACCAAAAGUCUCCAAACUCUGCCUCAAUUUCUCCGACACUGGGGAAGCAUUCAAGGGAGGGAGAGAUUCUCAGACCAGAAGUUCAUUUGGAGAAAGAAGAACCAUCAAAAAAGAAAAAUGGAUUUGUUUUGGUUCCAAAAACAUUAAGGAUUGAUGACCCAAGUGAAGCUGCAAAGAGUUCAAUAUGGACAACACUUGGGAUCAAGAAUGAUUGCAUCAGCAGUGGGAAUGAGCUGUUUAAGGCCUUCCAAUCACAAUCAAAGGGUGAUCAAAAGAAACAUGUCCCUGAAACCUCUCCAGCUUUGCUAGCCAACCCAGCAGCCUUGUCUAGAUCACUCAACUUCCACGAGAGAACUUGAAUUGGUUCACCUAGGCUAGGUGUAAGAUUUUCGCAUAAGCUGGAAUAGUGAGGUUGGAUUCAACAUGUCUCUCGUACAGUCGUAUGAGUUCUGACAGCUAACCCCAUCCGGCCAGUCUCAACUCUAGGGUUUUUCAGUGUGGAUAGGGGAACUAUAGUUCUAGUGGAAACUAAUUUUGCCUUCUUGUAACAAGCAGCAUGCACAGAUUCCUUCUGAUGUACUUGGUUUUCUGAUUUGUGUUGUUCAUGUACAUAUCUAUAUGUGAAAUACAUAGCUGUAAAAUUAACAUCA